ACACAAAACAUAACUCACUUUUCCAUUUUUAAAACAAAAUGAUGAAUGCUAAAGUUUUUCUCGGCCCACUUGCCCUUGCCACCAUUUUUGAUUCCUGGGCUCACUUGGCCACAUUCACAUUCACAAACAACUGCUCUUACACCAUUUGGCCUGGAACCCUCACUGGCGGUGGCAGUGCUCAAUUAUCAUCAACGGGGUUCGAGUUAGCAUCUAAAGCCUCAUCAUCUCUCAACGUGCCCGCCCCGUGGACCGGCCGGUUUUGGGCACGGACUUUUUGCACCACGGACGCAAGUAGGAAGUUCAGCUGUCAAACUGCCGACUGUGCCUCCGGUCAGAUAAGUUGCAAUGGUGCCGGUGCAAUCCCUCCAGCAACCCUAGUAGAAUUAGUCCUAGCAGCUAACAAUGGACAAGAUUUUUACGACGUUAGCCUAGUAGAUGGGUUCAACUUGCCGGUUUCCAUCACCCCACAAGGUGGAUCCGGCAGCUGCAGCCCCUCUUCCUGCCCGGCCGACAUCAGCGCCAAGUGUCCAGCGGAUCUUGCGCUGAAAAAUUCAGAUGGUGCCACAAUUAGUUGCAAGACUGCAUGCCUAGCAUUUGAUCAGCCACAGUAUUGUUGCACUGGAGCUUAUAACACAGAAGCGACUUGUCCACCAACGAACUACUCUCAGUGCUUUGAAGGGAAGUGUCCUUUGGCUUAUAGCAAUGCCUAGGGUGUCACAACUAGCACUUUCACUUGCAAUGGUGGACCUAACUAUGCUAUUACAUUCUGUCCAUGAGAAAUAGGACAGACAAGGGGGAAAUUUUUGUUUAGUAGUAACUAAAAUAAUUUAGAAAUAGUAAGUUACGUGUUAAUAUCUUAAUUUGUACUUGUGGUCACAUCACACUUGACCUUGUACAAUAAAUGUAAAAAUAAAAUGAACAAGUGGAAGCUGAGGUAUUCUCACUUACAAUGAAUCAGUGUGCAAAUUAA